GGGGACUAAUGCGACGCGGGGUACUUUCGAAUGGUGGUCCCCAAACCCGGCAAAAAAAAAAGGCAAUCAAAGACCAAAAGAAGUGGGAAGAAAAGGAGCACCCCGUCCCCACACUGGCCUACAACUACUACUAAUUAAGAGCAUUAGCAAACUGAUGAAGAAGCUACUAAUAAGAAUUAUAAAGUUAAAAACUCAAGCUCAACCCCAGGUGAGGUUACUACUUACUAAUGGUACUUCCUUAAUUACAUUCCCACCUCCUCCCUUCUCCUUCUAUAAUUCACAAAAAAAAAUUGGCUGGCUGUUUCUCCCUUUUGUCUCUUUCCUAUGGUCUAAUUUGGUUAAGAAACUAAGAUCCCAUCGUUAGAGAGAGAGAGAGAGGACAAAAAGUGCGCGGUGGUUUGGAUUUUGGAAGAAACAGGGGAUUGAUGGUCGGAAAAGAGAGAAGAAGCGGAGGAGGAGGAGGAGGAGGAGGAGGAGCGUCAUUGUCAUCAUCCCCAUCAUCGUCGUCGUGGAGUUUGAAGAAGCUAAUUGCCUACACUUGCGCAUCAUUUUCUCGGACUAGUAGUACUAGUAGACACAACCAAACCCGUGUCUUCCUGCAGGAUGAUGCCCUCGCCAACGCCGAUGCCAAUCCUCCUUCUCCUCCUAGUAUCCAUGAUCUGAAUGUAUGCGCAAUUUGUCUUGAUUCUCUCGACUACAACUCGGGAGGCAGCGGCCCAACACCUGCUAUAUUCACGGCACAGUGUUCCCACUCAUUUCAUUUCUCUUGCAUCUCUUCCAACGUUCGGCAUGGUAGCCUCACCUGCCCCAUUUGCCGUGCCUAUUGGACCCAGCUUCCCCGCACUCUCAAUUCACGUUACUCCCUCCACACCACUCACUCUGAUGAUCCCAUUCUUCAGAUCCUUGAUAACUCCAUCGCCACCUUUCGAGUUCACCGCCGCUCCUUUCUACUCUCUGCUCGCUAUGACGAUGACGAUCCAUUGGUGCUGACGACUCGCCCCUCCAUCUCCCAUCAUCACCGUCUCCGUAUCUCUUUGCUCCCUUUACGUCCUACCAUUCAUUUGUGCCAACCCCCUCAGAAAACCCUACUCCCCCCUCCUCCACACCAUCUUCCCUCCUCUGGAGGUGGAGGACAUGGACACCGCCGCCAUUCUGACACUGCUACAGCUUAUCUUUGUGUCAAACUGGAGCUCCAACCACCUACUGAUCUGGUCCUAGUUGCCAGCCCCAAUGGCCCACAUUUAAGGCUUCUGAAACAAGCCAUGGCUCUGGUGAUACUCUCCCUCAGACCAGAGGACCGCCUGGCCAUCGUCGCCUACUCAUCUGCGGCUGCACGCUUGUUCCCCCUCAAACGCAUGACUUCCUGUGGGAAAAGAACCGCCAUUCAAUUGAUUGAUCGCUUGUUCCACACAGGGUUCGCGGAUCCUAGUGUUGGCUUGAAGAAAGGAUUCAAAGUGCUGAAUGAUCGUGUUUACAGGAACCCCGAAUCUUGUAUUCUGCAUCUCACAGACAGUCCAACCUGGUCCUACAGUCACCAUAACAACAACUUGGGUACUGUCAUGGGAGAAGUUAAUGUCAAAAUCCAUCGGUUCCACGUUGGUUUUGGUUUCGGUGGUUCUCACGGUUACGUAAUGCACGAGUUCGAGAAAUUUCUGGCUGGAAUGCUUGGGGGUGCCAUCAGAGACAUUCAGCUGAAAAUGAAGGACGGCAGAAUCAUCAGGCUACGAGAACUCAGGGGAGGCGAAGAGAGAAGGUUCCCCUUGUUACUUGAAAAAUCAGCUGCGGGGUAUUAUUGUGUGGAGUACAGUUACAUUGAGAGUGGUGGUGGAACCGAGGAUGACUGCAAUUGUAAGACGGGGGAAAUGUUAGUUGGAAUUGGGGCAGAUCAAAGAGAGAGAUACCAUGGUGGCUUGGAAAGGAGGACUAGCAGUGCUGAGACUUGGGAAUACCAUGACUCUUUCAUGGCUAGAAGAUGGGCCAAGCAUUUGCAUGGGAAUAAGUUACUACUUAAUCUAAACCAUGUGUAGCUAGGUUGGGGCCUCAUAUCCUAUCAUCUGGAUUGAUUCAUUCACAUAUUUUUUUCAUCCAAUUCCAAUGAGGCAUUCAACGCGUUCUGUAUGAACAGACCAAAAACUAAAAGUAUACUGUUUUACACUUGCACUCUACACUUUCGGAUGAGAGCGCACGCAGAGGCAGAAGAAAGGACCUGCAUGCUGCACAGAAAGCGUGAGUUCGGAAUCUGCUCUGCUAUGAGGUGAAGCAUGGACUACCUCUACUUACUGUCCAGUAACUAUAGAACUUCUAUGCAACCCAUUUCACCUAUGCCACACAACCUGUCAAUAUGGUUCCCUAAAGCCGAGGGGAAAAAAAGGUAGAGUAUACGGUUAGGAAUGAUCAUGAAUUUAUGUAUUUCCAUUUCUAAGUCACCCGCAGGUGUAUUACUCUCUGCUGCCUUUGAUUAGAAUUCUAUUUUCAAACAUUUUUUGGUGAUUGGUGCAUCUACUCUACCCAAUCAGACACGAUCAAUAGAACUCCUAUCUGCGACAUUUUGGCAUGACUGGACCAUAAAAGACCAUACAGUAUUGACUGAGAUCGGAGAGCACUACAUUGCCGCUCUAGGGAGGUGGGAUUCGAAAGCACUAAUCUCCCCAACAAGUUAGGUUCUGAGAAUUAAACAAAAGCCAUUGCUGAACAGGAUUCAUCGUCUGCCCAAAAAGAGUUCCAUUUCAUCAUUUCCAGCAUUUACUUUAGAAAACAAUCCAAAACUCUCAAAACAUCAAUUCAAACAACCCAAUCCCCC